AUGAGCGCCGACAAGCAGCCAAAAUCGGCGGACGGUGGCCCGCUUUUUAGCGUUGCUGUGGACACAGAGCACAAGGCGCAGCGCCUGCGCAUAUGGAGCCUCCAGCGCCCCCACCACAUGGCCUUCCACAUCAGCUGGCUGGCGUUCUUCUCGGCGUUCGUGUCGACGUUUGCGCCAGCCGCCCUGCUGCCAGUCAUCCGCGACAACUUGGACCUGAACAAGGUGGACCUGGGUAACGCCGGCAUCGCCGCCGUCGUUGGCGCCAUUGUCGCGCGCGUGGCCAUGGGCAACUUUGUCGACGUCUACGGCCCGCGCUUCGGCAUCAGCAUCUGCAUCGGCCUUACGUCGCCGGCGGUGUACUGCAUCGGGAUGAGCACUACAGCUACUGGCUUCAUCCUGUCCCGCCUGUUCAUCGGGUUCUCAUUGGCCACCUUUGUCGCCUGCCAGUUCUGGUGCACAAGCAUGUUCAAUACCAAAGUUGUCGGCACCGCCAACGCCUUUGCCGCCGGCUGGGGCAACAUGGGAGGCGGCUUCACGUCAUUCAUCAUGCCCCUCAUCUUCGACGGCAUCAUCGCCAGCGGCGUACCCGACUUCCAGGCCUGGCGCUGGGCAUUCUUCGUGCCCGCGUCGUUCCAGGUGCUGCUAACUGUCAUCACGAUGGCCUUCUGCCAGGACAUGCCAGAUGGCAACAUGGUCGACCUCUACAGCCACGGGGCGCUCAAGAAGCCGGGGGGCGCAUCGGUGUGGAAGGCCGCAGUGGGCAACUACCGCACCUGGGUCAUGGCCCUCUGCUACGGCUACGCAUUUGGCGUCGAGUUGACCGUCGACAACGUGAUCUCCCAGUACAUGUUUGACCAGUUCCACCUGCCCCUCUCGAUCGCCGGCAUGCUGGGCAGCGUCUUCGGCCUCAUGAACAUCUUCUCUCGCCCCACCGGCGGCAUCGUCUCGGACCUCGCGGCCAAGAGAUUCGGCAUGCGCGGCCGCCUGUGGGCGCUCUGGGUCAUUCAGUCGCUGUCGGCCGUCUUCUGCAUCCUGCUGGGCCUCAUGUCCCACAGCCUGGGGGCCACCAUGGCCGUGCUCAUCAUCUUCUCCAUCUUCUGCCAGGCGUCGUGCGGGCUGGCCUUUGGGGUCGUGCCGUUUGUGUCCAAGCGCUCGACCGGCCUGGUUUCGGGCGUCGUCGGCGCCGGCGGCAACGCGGGCGGCGCCAUCACGCAGGCCAUCUUCUUCACCUACGUGGCCCUGCCCACCGACAUGGCCUUCGUCUGGAUGGGCGUCAUGGCGCUGGGCAUGACCGCGCUGUACCUCACCAUGUACUUCCCCAUGUGGGGCGGCCUGUUUGUGGGCCCCAAGGUCGGUGUGACUGAGGAGGACUACUACCUGUCAGAGUACACUCCAGAGGAGAUAAGUCAAGGCAUGGCGUCGUCCUCCAUCAAGUUUGCAUAUGAGAGCCGCUCCCAGCGGGGCGUGCGCAAGGAUGUCGCCUCGACGGCGCCGCCACCCAACAUAAUCGCAACCACAGCAUGA